AUGGCUUCAUCUGUACAUCCGCAGUUUGUGAAUCACGCUAUAUACCUUUUUAUGCCACACCUGGCCUUUGGGCCACGCCGACACAUUAUACAAAGUUAUGUUUUCGAUACGGGAUGCGUUACUAGAUCGCCUGGACACCCUGGCACAUUUACCAAUAAUAUUGUAGAUGGAAUGAUAUACGAGGGCAUGGGUAUUGACGGCUACCCCGCCUUGGAUUCAAAGGCCAUUUUGUAG